UGUUGGAUUUUUCACCCCUAGACCCUUCUUUUGUCUCCUCACUCACUCUCCCUUCCUAGGAUACUCAUGGCCUCCACACUUACUCUUCUGACUCUUCCUCUCAAACCAACCCCAAAACUUCAUCCACUUCCCCACAUCUCAUCAAGAUUCAAUGUUCCAAAAGAUCCCCCCAUUCCCAACUCAAACAAAUUAUUGAAUCAAACUUGCAAUGUUCUCAAAACAACCUCACUUUCCCUCCUACCGAUCACACUUCCCUUCUUGUUAGACCAAAAGGACCUUGCACUUGCUGUUGAUGGGGAGUUUGGGAUACUUGAGGGCAGAACAUUUGCUCUCAUACACCCCAUUGUGAUGAUUUCUUUGUUCUUGUAUACUUUAUGGGCAGGGUAUUUGGGGUGGCAGUGGAGGAGAGUUAGGACUAUUCAGAAUGAGAUUAAUGAGCUCAAGAAACAAGUGAAACCAACCCCGGUCACCCCAGAAGGUAAAGCACUAGAAGUGCCACCAUCACAAGUUGAAAUCAAAAUUCAGCAACUUACUGAGGAGAGGAAAGAGCUGCUGAAAGGGUCUUACAGGGAUAGGCACUAUAAUGCAGGGUCCAUACUUUUAGGAUUUGGAGUGCUUGAGUCUGUUGGUGGAGGACUCAACACUUGGAUUAGGACAGGAAAACUAUUUCCAGGUCCACAUCUGUUUGCAGGAGCAGCUAUUACAGUGUUGUGGGCACUUUCAGCAGCUUUGGUACCAUCGAUGCAGAAAGGGAGUGAAACAGCCAGAAGUUUUCACAUUGCAUUGAAUACAUUAAACGUACUACUAUUUGUGUCACAGAUUCCCACUGGAUUUGACAUUGUACUCAAAGUGUUUGAGUUCACAAAAUGGCCUUGAAUGUGAAUGUUCCCUUGGAUUUGGAUCUAUUCCAAUCCAAUUUUUUGCAACACCAGAAUCACCCCACUUUUCACAUUUUAAGAUCACCUUUUUUGAAUAAGGUGCAGAAGUAUGUUUGAUUAUAGUGAAACAGACUAUGAUAAAUGUGAUUGUAAGUAAUUGAGUAGUGAAAUUCAUAUUCCAAAAAUAUAUUGGAAGUUAUAUAAAUGCAGCCAAUGUUGUU